UCGCACGACAGUGCUCUCCGUGCGGUUCACGUUACAGAGCCGGUACAGUCCGGGCUAGUCUGUCGUUCGGUCACGAACCAGCCGUUUAAGUUGUCUGCAACCCCCGCAUCGUGUGCGUGAUCGAAGGGACCGACCUGGACCUGUAACAGCUGGUCCACGACGCGACAGUCCGGGCGUCGAGUUGUUGACACGCACGUGCGCGCGCGUGAACCCUCGUCUUCGGGCACCGUUCCUUUUUUUUUCUUCUAUCCGUUUUGUUCGAUUCCGCGUUUCGGGUGAUGCCGAUGAAACGGUGGUUGGAUGAUGACGCGGGAAGAGGACGGUUCGCGCGAUGGACGAUGAUCAGCCGCAGAAUAUGACUGUUUCGCGGUGUGCCGGUUUUGUUCAGUGUUGUUGUUGUUGUUGUUACCGGGUCGUGAACAAUCGGUGGUGCACGGACGACGAGCAGUGGCAGUGAUCGAAGGAAUCGGAAGAGAAGGAAAGGGAGAGAAAGAGGGAGAUAUAUUGAGAGGGAGAGAUUUAUUAAAGGAAAAGAGAGAAAGAGAGAUGUUGCCGUAUCAGAUGGCCAUGGAUUAUGGGGGCUUUCAACGACAAAGCCCGGUCGGGGUCGGUGUCGGUGUCGGCGUCGAUGUCGGCGGACCCCAUCAAGGGGCCGCUGGGGCGCUCAACAUCAACCCCGCGUUCACGCACUCCUGGUUCGUACCGGCGGACCUCUGUGUCCCGUACAAACAGAGUCAGGGUCCUCUCCUCGAGCCAGGUAUCCUCGAGUUACGCAAGGAGAAAAGCAGAGACGCUGCCAGGUCUCGAAGGGGGAAAGAGAACUUCGAGUUCUACGAGUUAGCGAAAAUGCUGCCAUUACCGGCGGCUAUUACCUCCCAGUUGGACAAAGCCUCUAUAAUAAGGCUAACCAUCUCGUACCUCAAACUUCGAGAAUUCUCGGGUCACGGAGACCCGCCAUGGAAUCGGGAUGGGCCACCGCCAAAUAAAUCUGGCAAAGGUGCAAAUCGAGUGAGGUCGUCAGCGUCUGCUGCGGUGGACCAUUUCGAUGUUCAUCAAGGCACUCAUAUACUUCAAUCGCUGGACGGGUUCGCGAUGGCGGUCGCCGCUGAUGGACGGUUCCUGUACAUAUCCGAGACCGUCUCAAUUUACCUUGGACUCUCACAGGUAGAAAUGACGGGAUCAAGCGUUUUCGAUUACGUUCAUCAGCAAGACCACGCGGAAGUUGCGGAACAAUUAGGACUUGGACUGACUUCGAGCACCUCUUCCGGUCCGCACUCGUCGAGUUCCGGUUUAGCGUCGCCAAGUAGCGCUGCAUCCGAAGAACAUGGAUCGUCUUCCACUGCGAAUCCCGACGUGUCCUCCGUAAUGUCGCUGUCAGCGACUGGUCUUUACAAAGGAUACGACAGAGCGUUUUGUGUCCGAAUGAAGUCGACCUUAACGAAAAGGGGGUGCCAUUUUAAGUCUUCUGGUUAUAGGGUGGUGUUACUGCUGUGCCGUUUGAGACCACAGUAUACGUUUAGCCAUACAAGAAAGUCAGCACCACCAUUGAUAGGCAUGGUUGGCUUGGCGAUCGCGCUUCCUCCACCGAGUGUGCACGAAAUUCGCCUGGAAACCGACAUGUUCGUCACACGAAUUAACUUUGACUUUCGGAUAGCACACUGUGAACCAAGGGUAUCCGAAUUGUUAGACUAUACAGCCGACGAAUUAACGGGGAAAAAUCUUUAUACGCUGUGCCAUGGAGAAGACGCGAAUCGUCUUCGGAAAUCCCACAUCGACCUGAUUCACAAGGGACAAGUAUUGACGCAUUAUUAUAGGCUGAUGAACAAAAGCGGAGGAUACACGUGGUUGCAAACAUGCGCCACCGUGGUGUGCAACUCAAAAAACGCCGAGGAGCAGAACAUCAUUUGUGUCAAUUAUGUCAUUAGUGGGCGGGAAUAUGAGAACUUGAUCAUGGACUGUUGUCAACUGGAAGAAGGUGUUAUGGGUGUUAAACGCGAAGACGCUGUCGGAAAUGAUCCAGAAAAUGGAUCACCGGAUGCUGAUGGAGGAGAGGGUAGAAACCACGGCGGACCACCGAAUCAGCAUCAAGAACAUCCUCACAGGUCACCUCCCGAAGAUCGCGAGGAAACUCGCGGCUCGGAGAGCGAGAAGAGGAGCAGCAGACACCACGACAACAUAGCUCAGUUACAACAAGAGCCCCAAACAGCCGUAGGAAAUAUAAACACGCUCGUAGUGAAAUUGCGCGGGCACAAACGGAAGAUACACGAGGAGGAUAGCAGCUCGAACGAAGAGGAGGACGAAGAGGACGCAACGGUGAAAGUCACGAAUAACGAGAGAAGCCACGCUCUAAGUCCAGCUCCAUCAAACCAUUCCAUUUCAGGCGGUGAGCAAGUAUUGUGUUCAGCCAGCCCGAAAUCGAGACGCGUGGAAGAUCGACCGAGCAACGCCGACAGUGCCGGUACCUCCGUGAAAGAUUUGGAACAGGCGAUGUCCAAGCAUCUGCCUGUGUCAAACCUGAACAAAUCUCACUCGCCGACGCUUCAUCAGCCGACGGAUUUCAGUACAGACGCGUUGUUGAAACAGCAACAGCAACGAAGUACGAUACAGUGGAUCGGGGCGCAUCAUCAUCUGGGACACCUGAGUCCUCAGCAGUCGGCUACUGCUCCGUUGCCCGCUACCGCCCUUCUUCGUCAACUUUACGCGAACAGGGAGAGCGUGAUACGAGCUAACGUUCACGGGAUCACAUCUAGCGGUAGCACGCGUACGCCUUCUUCGGGUGGCACUUAUUACGCCGGUGACACGACACCGAGCGGACCUCUGCCCACACCUCCAGGGUCAGAAGGGUCCAGCACCUACGGCGAACACCAAUUCGUGUUAGCCACUCAUAACCAGAAAGGUUCCACCGGUACCAGCUGCGCGGACGCGUUCACCAGCCUGGUCUCCUCUUAUUCCACUGCCGGCGGUUACACGGUCGAUUACCACUCGGCGAUGACCCCACCGUCGUCCGUCUCGCCGAGGGACAAGCAGCAACAACAGCAACAACAACAGCUUCACCCGGUGAAUGUGAUAAGUAGCUACGAAAGCUCGUCGGCUUACACCGAUCCGGUGCUGCGACAUCAAUACGAGCCAGCUCAACCGUUGCCUUUGAAGCCGCAAGUGUAUUCGGCCGCGGUUCAUCCGAGCGCGUUGGACGCCGCCGCGGCGUACGCGUCCGCGGGUUUGAGCGAACAGGCGCAGUUUUAUCAUCAUCCAGCUGCUGGAGCUGGCUUCCAUAUCUACCAUCCGACCAAUAAAUCGACGACGAACGGCUGGUACGGAUCGACGUCCUAGUGGCGUGGUCCUGUACGCGAGAGACGUGUACUUAAGUAACUCGAAGUUUCAGCCCAAAGUCCCCUAAAUGCAUAUCAGUGAUAUCGUAUUCACCUCGACAUCUCUGUACGCCGAUUUCCCAUUUCCACUCUCUACUUUCAUCCACCGUGUUAUAUUUUUUCUCUUCGUUUUGUUUAGUUCAUCUUUGUUACGCGUUCAUUUAUCUGUACCGGUGCUAUCACUACCCUACCCCUUUCCCUAGGGUUUCUUGAGACCCGUCGUUUACCCUUGUCAUUGAAACCCAACGAUCGUACGUGCGCAUACGAUGUGCCAACUGAACUGUAAAAAUAUCGCUGCUCUCUAUUCUCGACUAUGUAGAACGACUUAUUGUAAUAUAACAAAAUAAAUUAUUAUGUAUGUUGACAAUUUUGGAGAGGACAUUCGCGCAAGCAUGGAGAGUAGGAGUUUAAGGGUAAAAGGAAAACGAGGAUGGAACAGGAGGACAGAGCGCAGAGUAUGUUUGAUGGAACGCAGUGAUGGGCAAACGAAUACCCGUGGAACUUUCACGUGUACUCGUGGACACUGUUGAUACACAAUUUCAUUAUUCGAAAACUGGAAAAUUUCUCGAAUUGAAAAUUUCAAAUUUCUGUAUUCUCAAGUUUCUA